AUGUCAGGACUUUACUCAAAUAGCACUACAAAGAGCGCCAAGCCUGGAAGCUCAAUACCCGCUAGCUCUGAAGGGAAUGCUGCUGUGACUUCCAGCGCUGCCGCUUCAUCACUUUCUUCCGGCGACCCUGGCACUCUUUCGACUGUUAAAACAUCUCCGUGGUCCAGCACCACUCCUUCAGGAUCUGCCAAGUCACAAUCUUCUGCGGAGAAACCAGCUACGCCCUUUUCGAUGUCUACUAUUUCUUCCGAACCUGUGCCUACUGUGACGGGCCAAACAAGCUCUAACUCUUUUACUGAAGAUGUAACUGAGACAGAAAUAGUGACGAGUGCUGCUCCUCUUGUCCCAACGCGCUCUAACAGCAUGAACGUAUUAUCCGGAACCUCAAACUCCAACACAGCUACCAAUAGUGAGUCUGCUGCUACUUCCGAAUCGAAGGUUGAAAAUACAGCUACUAUUCUAGGUGGGUCUAAUAUCAACUCAGCAGGCACACCAGUUGGCACACCAGUUGGCACGCCAGUUGGCACACCAGUUGGCACAUCAGUUGGCACACCAGUUGGCACACCAGUUGGCACACCAGUUGGCACACCAGUUGGCACACCAGCAGGUUCUCCAGUUGGCACACCAGUUGGCUCUCCAGUUAGCACACCGGCAGGCUCUCCAGUUGGCUCUCCAGUUGGCACACCAGUUGGCACACCAGCAGGUUCUCCAGUUGGCACACCAGUUGGCACACCAGCAGGUUCUCCAACGCUCGACAGUCCAACCGCCGUACCAAACUCAAACAAUGGUUACGACGGCAAUAGUAGCCCAGGUGAACCUUCCACCACCGCAAAUCCUGAUAAUAACCAAGGUUCUCCACAUAACAGUGAUGAAAAUCCAUCAAGCUCUAGCGAGCAAAGUAUCAAUAGUUUUGCUUCGAUAACAGCAGGAUUUGGUCUUCAAUCACAACCUGGCGACGAAACCACCACGGUUUCUCCCUCAACUUCUCCAACACAAAUUUCCGGCUCUUUUUCGGCUUCAUCCUCCUCGAGUGCUACUUUCUCAGUUUCAACGUAUGAAGGUGCUGCUCAGAAGCUUGGACUUGGGUUUCUACUUGCACUGCCCUUGGCGUUAAUCUAG